GCUGGGGCUGUAUGAUUAUGUGCCUCUCCUAAAGCCAGAAACACGGUGCCCCUCCGCGCGACCAGAAACACGGUGCCCCUCCACUUGGCCAGAAGGACCUUCCCUUCAGGAUCUCCAGACAUCACGUGAAGAAGAGAAGUGACUGGUGAUGAAGACGAUGAUGAUGGGGCCUCCUCUCUUGUGUGUACUCGUCCUGUUUGGGAUGGGAGUUCAAGGGUCAUCAGUGUGCCCCUCCCCUUGCUCCUGCCAGAAGGGUCAGGUGGACUGCAGCCAGCGUUCUCUAACCACCUCCUCCCUCCCCCCCCGCUUCCCGUCCAACACCACCCACCUCCGUCUCCACGACAACCUGCUCACCUCCCUCCCCAACGGCAUCUUGGACUCCCUGCCCUCCCUGCGCUCCGUCUCUCUCCACGGCAACCCGUGGGCGUGCGACUGCGGCGUGCUCUACCUGCGCGCCUGGCUCCUGCGCCAGCCGCACGGCGACCACGGGCCCCUGAACGGCGACGGCCCGGAUCACGCCAGCCUCGUCGCCACGGCCGGACACCUCCACGUCAACUGCAGUUUCCCCCCUGACCUGAGGGGGCGUCUGGUGGUCUACCUGACGGAGGAGGAGGUGCUGGACACCUGCCACUACUGGUACUGUGACCUGGCGCUGGCGUCGCAGGUGUGCCUGUGCGUGUUUGUGCUGCUGCAGGCGACGCUGCUGGCGGCCGUGGUGGUGUUCCUGCGCAGGUUCGAGAGGCUGACGCGGGAGGCGCGCCUAACCGCCGACGAGAGCCUCACGGGAGGGGAGGGCUGUCUAGGGAGCGAGCGUAAGCCUUUGAAGGACAGCAGAUUCUGAAAAAAGGGAGCUUUUCCUGCUUAUUGUAUCCAAACUGUAAGUUUAAAUCAAACAGAAUAAUGUCUAGGUUUUUGAAAGAACGUGACCUUUUUGACAUUUGUUAUUUUUGGUAUGUUAUUUUCCUAUUGCUAAGAAAUGUUUUUUUUUCACAUAUGUGUAUGUUAUGUUUUACUGUGUGGGCAUUUAAAUCUAAUUAAAGAGCUGUAUGCAGUG